AUGAAAAACAUCUUACCUGAAGAAAAAAUAAGGUGUUUACAAGCAACACACAGCAGGAUCUUAUAUAUACAUUCUCUUAAAAUUAAGUAAAAUAUCCUUAUAAAAACGGGGUCCCUUAAGGUUGACCUAUAUCCCAUCUCAUAUUUAUUAUAUAAGUGGAUAAUUUUUUGAAAAAUUAUCUGAAAAACCUAAAUAUUCAUUAAAAAAGUUUGGAUAUGCAGAUGACCUAGCAUAUGCAAAAGCCAAAUACAAGUUUUUGUCAAAGUUUUAAAUUAGCUCUCGCGAGAAUGGGAAUUGA